AUGUCUUCUCAGGAAACCGCUACCAAAUUCGCCGCUGCUGAAGGGUUCACCGCUGGUGACAACCAGGUCGCGCCCGCCACCAACAGGGGAUUGGGCCGUGGUGGUGUUGGCAAGCAAAAGGAGGCUCUGAAGCUCCGCUUGGACCUCAACCUCGAAGUCGAGAUUGCCAUUCAGGCUAAGGUCAACGGUGACAUCACCCUUUCGCUCCUGAGAAUCCGGCUAGUUGGAGGGGUAUUAGGUUCGUAUCACCUCGUUUCCGGUUUGCCUUCGUUUGUUAAAGCUGCCCUUCUAGAUACACGUUAA